AUAUGGUCAAAACAUUCCUAUUUGGCCAUCCUAUAAUCCUAAAUUCUUCCACGGAUUUUGUGGAAGAAUUUUUCUUAUUUAUUUCGGUAUUUAUAUUUUAAAAUUUGCUGUGAAGGGUAAAUAAAUAAAAAUGGUGUUGACUAAUGAUGUGCACCUUCCGGAGGAAUCCGAAUUGACCGUGCCAGAGGUCAAUUUAUCGGCUGCUACUUUGAUGGCAAGUUCUUUCCAUUUGGGAAAAUACUGUGAACACGCUAACAAUGAGUUCAUGCUAUGCCGCAUCGAGGAGAACGAUCCCCGCAAAUGCAUCAACGAGGGGAAGGUGGUCACGGCGUGCACGAUGGAGUUCUUCCGGAAGGUGAAGCAGACGUGCCUGAGCGAGUUCGAUCAGUACGCCAACUGCGUUGACAAGAGCUCCGGAGACUUUAGCUUGAGUUCGUGCCGCAAGACCCAGGGCGUGUUCGACAAGUGCAUGCUGGACAAGCUGCAGCUGGAGCGCCCGGGCUUCGGCUACUUUACCGAGGCGCGAGUGCACGACACCAAGAGGCCGAAGCCCCAGCCAGAGCCGAAGACUAUAUACACGGAUCCGACGCCGGCGCUGCCCGACGCGGAGCGCGACGCCGCCCGCCCCGCGCGCCACGGCAGCCGCUUCUACUGGAUGACCGAGUAGACCCAUAUAGUUCGUGGGUGCUCAACUUCAUCAAUCAAAUGUAUAAAGUAACACAUUGGAACCCAGUAUGAACUGCAUUGAAGUACCCUCCUGACGGCUGCCAUAUUGGAUUCAUUAUGACGUCAACCUGAAAUCGAGCACAGCAAUGGAGUCGGCACCGUUUUUUUCGCGUUUUAAGAUUGGAUUUAUCGUCAGUUGC